AAGGCUAUGAAUUAAAAACCCUAAACCCAUUUUUGUUCUUCCUCUCUGCGCCGCGCUCACUCUCUCUCUCAGAUAAUACCUUCCGCUCAAAGGAAGAAAAUGGCAGAAUCUAAGAUGGUGGUUCCAGAGUCUGUCUUGAAAAAGAUCAAGAGGGAAGAGGAAUGGGCAUUGGCCAAGAAGCAAGAAGCUGAAGCUGCUAAGAAGAAGAGCGUUGAGACCCGCAAGCUUAUCUUCAAGAGAGCUGAGCAAUACGCUAAAGAAUACGCUGAGAAGGACAAUGAGUUGAUCAGGUUGAAGCGUGAGGCUAAGUUGAAAGGAGGGUUCUACGUUGAUCCAGAGGCUAAACUGCUCUUUAUCAUUCGUAUCCGUGGAAUCAACGCUAUUGAUCCAAAAACCAAGAAGAUUCUGCAGCUCCUGCGUUUGAGACAAAUCUUCAAUGGUGUGUUCCUUAAGGUGAACAAGGCAACAAUCAACAUGUUGCGUCGCGUUGAGCCUUACGUGACCUACGGGUACCCAAAUCUGAAGAGUGUUAAAGAGCUGAUCUACAAGAGAGGAUUUGGAAAGCUGAACCACCAGAGGAUAGCGCUCACGGACAACUCUAUAGUGAGCCAAGGUCUAGGAAAGCACAACAUCAUCUGCGUGGAGGAUCUGAUCCACGAGAUCAUGACCGUUGGACCUCACUUCAAAGAAGCCAACAACUUCCUUUGGCCCUUCCAGCUGAAGGCGCCGCUCGGUGGACUUAAGAAGAAGAGGAACCACUACGUUGAAGGUGGUGAUGCUGGGAACAGAGAGAACUUCAUCAACGAGCUUGUCAGGAGAAUGAACUGACUGAUCAAAAGCUUUCCUUAUUUUGUCUUUGUUCUUAUAUCAGUGACCGUGUUAUGAUGAUUAUGUUACUUGUUUACGAUCAUCUUAUUUGACUUUUGCUUACU